AUGGCGACAACGACAGCAGAAACAGCCUACCUAGGCUCCUCAGCCCUGUCGAACGCCAUAACCAUGGGCACGAGCAAGCUAACAGACACUGAAAAACACCAAACGAGCAUAAACACAACCUCACACGCAAAUAUAUCUCGAUCUGAGGACAAACCCGACCCGUUCCUGAUCACAUACACCCGCAACGACCCAGCAGACCCGCUAAACUGGCCACUCUCUAAAAAACUAAAAUUCACACUCAUCUCCUGCGCAAUGGUCUUCCUCACGGCAUUAGCCAGUAGCAUCUUCGGUCCCGCGGCGUCGACAACAGCAUCCGAGUACGGGGUCAGCAUCCAAGUCAUGAAUCUCAGCGUCGCACUCUUUGUCGCUGGGUAUGCUGUAGGCCCGCUCUUCUUCGCUCCGCUCUCUCAACUCGUGGGCAAUGCGAUUCCGCUCUUUAUUGCCAUGUUUGGUGUUGCGGUUUUUCAGAUCCCGCAGAGUCUUGCGACGAAUGUUAAGACGAUUGUCAUAUCGAGGUUCGUGCAGGGGAUGCUAGGUUCUGGUGUGUUGGCGGUGGGAUCUGGUAUGCUGGCUGAAGUGUGGAGUGUCGAGACGCGGGCUAUUGCGAUCGGAUUAUCUGCCACGAGUAUGAACCUCGGUAGUUCCGUCGGGCCCAUCGCCGGCUCAUUCAUCCUCGAUCGGUAUGGCUGGCGGUGGAUCGGCUGGGUGACACUUCUCACCUAUGUCGGCGUCGGCCUCUUGACCCCCUUUACAGUCUGGGAGUCGUCGCGCAAGCGCAUCCUCGAGCUCCGCGCAGCGAAGAUCCGAAAGGAAACUGGCGAUAACCGGUACUACGCACCCAGCGAGAAGAACCGCCUCACACUGGGCACCCUCGUUCAGCGGUACGGCAAAAUGCCCGUGCAGAUGAUGGCGCAGGAGCCCAUCCUCAUUGUCAUCACCCUCUACCUCACCCUCGUCUACGGAACGCUGUACCUCUCGUACCAAAUGAUUCCGUACGCAUUCCAGCAGCGCGGGUGGUCUGCACCUAAUGCCUCUCUCCCGUUUAUAAGUGUGAUCCUCGGCGUCCUGCUGGCGUGGAUUCUCGUCAGCUUGUACACGGUAUAUUACUGGCGGCCGAAGCUCAAGCGUCUUGGUGCUACAACGCCAGAAGACCGCCUCCCACCUAUGAUCCUCGGCGGAAUGCUCCUCGUCCCCGCCCUCCUGUGGUUAGCCUGGUCCUCCCGAACCCACCCCUCCUCGCAGAUAAUAGCAUGCCUCCCGCUCGGCUGUUCACUGCAACUAAUCUUCAUCUCGGGCGUUGUUUAUAUCAUCGACGUCUACAUGCCAAACGGCAACAGCGCAAUAUCAAUCCACGUCGCGGUGCGGAGUCUGGUUAGUGCGACAUUUCCACUGUGGGGGAGGUUGGUGUAUCAGAAGCUAGGGGUUGAAUGGACGGGGACGGUUCUUGCGGGGGUCGGGGUAGUCCUUGCAGGGAGUCCGGUUGUGUUUUGGGUUUGGGGGCAUAAAAUUCGGGGGUGGAGUCGGUUUUGUGAGGUUGUUGAUUGA